AUGGCCGAAGGUCGUUUUCGAAUCAGUCCACUUCCUAACGAAGUUUGGAAAAAGGUCUCAUCUUCCUUCGAAAUCACCUCUCCAGAGCAUGUCGUCGAGGGUCUGAUGAGAAAUGCUUUGGACGCCGAUGCAUCCACAAUUGUUAUUGAAGCGGAACUGUCAAAGGGUUGUCUCUCAGUCUGCGAUAAUGGAAGCGGGAUCAACGAGGUGGAGUUCUCAGAGCAAGGCUACCUAGCCAAACUCCACUGCUCUUCCAAACUCAACGAAUCGGAUCCUACGUACGGUCGCUAUGGUCGUUUCUUGUCGAAUCUCUCCUUUCUGUCUUUGUUGUCUAUAGCCUCUGAACAUCGAUCUGAACCGUUUGCAAAUCGAUUGAUCCUACACCGUGGUGAUGUGAUCUGUCGCCAGCUGCGACUCAACAAAGAGGAGGUGGGGAUUGUGCGACAAGGUACAGUUGUUACAGUCCACAAUCUAUUCGGCGAUAUGCCAGUCCGGUCCAAACAGUUGUCGCUGCGCUAUUCUUCUUCGGCCGAGAUUGAAAGAGCUUUUAGCCGGAUAAAGGAAAUGCUUGUUGGGUAUGUGCUUGCACAGCCUCGCACAGUUGAAGUACGAUUUUCCGUCAAAGGUGAAAGACAGCACAGCCUCUAUUGCUGCUCUCCUACGUCGAGUAAAGGCCAUUUCUCACUCGAGUCGACUAUAUCAACGCUAUUCCAAGCUAAGCUCGUGUCAUCUCUUGACACCAAGAAAUGGCGCUCAGCAUCUGUUCGCACGAGCCACUUCUGUAUUCGUGCCGCUAUCUCAAUCGAACCAUCCCCGUCCAAGACAACCCAGUUCAUCUCUGUCGGAAAGUUCCCAAUCCGGAGGGGGCAUGGAAUUAACUGUUUGUUUGACACCAUUGAUAGGCUUUGUCAGGAUUCGAGCUUUGGGUAUUUGGAUCUCGAGCCUAGUAUCUCGUGUGACGAAACCCGAGAUCGGAUAUUCCAAGACAAGACUACGCAGUGCGCCAAUCUGCAAAAGUGCGUGGAUAGAUGGCUUAUGUUCCACAUUCAAAUCGACCCAAGAUCCGGGGAAUUUUCACGAUCGCUCUGGGUUGAACAGUCUUCGGCAGAGAUGCUACCCGUCAUUGAUCAUUUGACCAGGGCAGUCGAGUCAUUGGUCUCCAAUUUCCUAGCAAUAUAUGGACACUUGGCCGGUGCGGAAAGAAGCAGGUCGAGAACGGGACACGGUCGAACUAAACAUGAAGAGGAUUCUUGCCACCGACUGCAUGUUGGGGAGACCGCUUCUGGAAACUCGCACCUUGCAACUGAGGCUCGGUAUCUGAGCCACUGGCACCGCGUGAAGAGUGCUCAACCUUCAAGCGAAGAUUUUCGCUAUGGCUUGGGCUCGAGAAAGUCGGACAAUCUUUACUGCAUAUCCAUGCAAGCGUCCAAUGGAUGUCCGUCGUCCGGCACCCUCCGCGUUGAUGAUCUGGACCUUGGUGCUACAACCCGCGAGAUCCAAUUCGAGACUGAAAAGGAAACUGCCGCCGUCCUCCCUUGGAUCAACUCGCGCAAUGGCCAGGUCGUUUACCUCCACCCUCGCACCGGAGCAGCCAUGCCUGUGUCUGCUCUAGACCUUGCACAUUUAGAUCGAAGUCGCGGAUGUUCUACGCCAAUACAGAACCAGACCUCUACUUCUUCUAAUGACAGUGAUGGCAAAAGGCCGCGAGCGAAAUCGACACUCAACUUACACAGAUAUCUGCGAAGGAGCUCCCUCAAUCAACCUGAGGCGCCAAUCGCUUGCAGCAUGUCCGAGGAGGUUCUGGGUGUAUCUCGCAGACAUGCCGGCGCCGGACGACAGAGUAACACUAUUCUUGACUCACAAUCCGUCAUGAAAGGCUCUCUUUCCAAUGCAAUCGUUGUCCAGCAAGUCGACCGAAAAUUCAUCCUUGCCCUUCUCGCUAUUCAAGAUGAGCACGACCCAUAUUCGGCGGAGAGGGGGGAGAGGAGACUUCUCAUCCUGAUCGACCAACAUGCCGCUGACGAAAGAGUUAGAUUCGAAAAGUUAUGUGGCGACUUCUGCAAGCGCACCUCAACAAACCUCACCAAACCACUGAUCUUCGAGGUUGACGAAACGGAGGCCAAACUUCUGGAAGAGCAAAAAGAUUAUUUUCGGGGAUGGUGCGUCAGCUAUUACAUUGUUGAAAAUCCACAAGCAGAGCAAACUUCAGCAUGUUCGCGCCGCCUUCAUACCUGGAGAGUAGAGGUCACGGAAUUGCCGGACCUCAUCAUUGAACGUUGUCGCGCCGAGCCGAAGCUUUUGGUUCAUAUCAUGAGAAGCGAGAUAUGGUUAGGUGGUGCGCCGCGUCGUUCCCCGCUAUCCCAUCUCCCUGAGUCAGAUGCAACGUCUUGGUGGUCCGCCAUUGGGGACUGCCCGAGAGGAAUGAUCGAGAUGCUUAAGUCUCGAUCAUGCCGUACGGCGGUGAUGUUCAACGAUCAUUUGGACUCAAAGCAAUGCCGCGAACUUGUGCAAAGACUAUCUCAAUGCACCUUCCCUUUCCAAUGUGCUCACGGACGACCCACGUUAACAGUGCUGGCAGACCUUGAUUGUGGGGAUCAUUAUGGCUCCAGCAUGGGUGCAAAUAUUGAUCCCAGCAUUGGCGCACUCGGAUUUGGCGAUGCAUGGAGAGCUUGGGUCAAGUAG